CUUUUUGCCUGUGCGACGACUGUGCGACCGUCGGAGACGGAACAAGAUGCAAAUCCUGUGCGGACAUAUGCUUCUCCUUUUCAAUGCGGUCACGAUGGCCUUUGCACCGGCCGGUUGGCUGGCAUCGUCUUCAUCGCUAGAGGGAUGCCUCAAGAGCUUACCCCCUCCUUCCAUUCAGGCACCCGAUGCCUUUUCCCGACUUUCCACACCUCCCGAACGCCGCUCCGUCCAUCGACCUCCCUCUCCCCCGGGCCCCUCCUGC